GUCAGCCGACUGACCCGAUUAGACCACGCGGCUGCUGCGGCUUUCGACCGGCGCGUCCAGCGGAUUCCCGCGCCACGUACCCUGUCCCCCCUCCUCCACGCCCCUCCCAACCCUUCGCGGCCGUACCCCCUCCUACGGCUCCCCUCCACGGCCAGAGUGGUGCUGGAGCACGUGGCGCGCGAGUUGCAGAAGCACCGCCGCUUCGCGAAGCGCAGUGUCUACCCGGCUGCCGCAACACGCAGCGGCAGGUGUUAGUAAACCCCGACGCUUCCACUGCAAUUCCUAGAAUGCACGUUUUGGACUGCACACUGCUGACAGGAGCAUCAUACUGUGUUUCAUUGUAUGAGAAGGCGAAGUGAUCCAAUUUAAUUCCUGGCGAUUUUGAACAAAUGGGUGUGCAGCAACUGAACGUUAUGUUGAUAAGCUGUAGAUCCCUCUCUUGCUUUGUCAUCGAAAACGACUGGAGACUGAAAUGCCUAGGAGACAAUUAUUAACACCGAGCAAGUACUACGUCAGUAGCGUUUUUUGCUGGUAUUGUACUAGCUCUGCGAUACAUCUCCAGCUGGCAAUGUGCUAGAUUAACAAUAGUGACGACCCUAGACGCUUGCAGCAUAUAUUGGGUAGCAGACGUGUUUCAGUGAUGCUGGAGAGAUAGCUAGGAGGAAAAUAGCUACAAAGAAAAGACGUCUGCACAGUUUUAUUACUGUCGAAUAGAAGCGAAAAAGUGCUAAGCUGUUUACAACGCACAAUGCGUCGGAGUUGAUCAUGGGAAGGGCAGAGACAGUAUACAGAGUUCUGCAGCGCAGUUUGAGAGAGGUGUGAACCCCUGGAAUGCUGGCAACUCGCCGAAGAGCGUGCUGAGCGGUGUGCCAUGGAGGACGCCAAGCGUUCCUCCGCCAACAAUGGUUUUCUGCGUGACGCGGAGAAAGAGACACUGCUGAGGGACGGUGGGUCGAGGCCCGCGGCCGGCGGAGGCGGCGCGCCCGCCCCCGCAGUCAAGUACGCUCCCGCGGGGGCGGUUGGAGCGGCAAGCGUCGUAGUGGUGACGGCGGGAGGCGGCGGCGGCGGCGGCGGAAGCAGAGGCGGCGGCCACACGGCGCUGGAGCGUUGCCUCGCGGCUGCCGUGUUAGCGCUGUUCGUCGCCUGCCUCGCCUUCUUGGCGCUCGCCGCGCUAUCUUGGUCCUCUUGCCAGCGCACAGAUGAGACGAGUAACAUCUGUCUCACCGAGGAAUGCGUGCGGACAGCAUCGUCGCUGCUGGCCGCCAUGGACCGCUCGGCCAACCCGUGCGUGGACUUCUUCCAGUACGCGUGCGGCACGUGGAACAAGAAGCACGUCAUCCCGGAGGACCGCAGCAGCAUCAGCACGUUCGAGGUGCUCGCUGAUCAGCUGCAGGUCAUCCUCAAAGGGGUACUUGAGGAGCCCAUCAACGAGCUGGACAGCGAGGCGACGCAGAAGGCUAAGCGCUUCUACAACUCCUGCAUGAACAUCCAGCAGAUCCGACGUCUGGGGGACGAGCCGCUGCGCGGGGUGCUGCGCGCGCUGGGCGGCUGGCCCGUCACCGACGAGCGGUGGGCGCCGCCCGCCUUCAGCGUCGAGGUGCUGCUGGGCCGCCUGCGCGGAGAGUACAACGAGGGCGUCCUCAUCGAGCAGUGGGUCGGCCCCGACGACAAGAACUCCUCCGUCAACAUCCUGCAGCUGGACCAGAUGACGCUGGCGCUGCCGAGCCGCGACUACUACCUGAAGGCGAGCUCGGAGGGCGACCUGCGCGCCUACCACCGCUACAUGACCGAGGUGGCCCUCCUGCUGGGCGCCAACGCCAGCCGCGCCGCCACCGAGCUGCAGAGCGUCAUCGACUUCGAGCGCCGCCUCGCCAACGCGUCGCUGCCGGAGGCGGACCGGCACGACACGAGUGCCAUCUACCGCAAGCUGACACUGGCCGAGCUGCAGGCCGAGGUGCCGCAGCUCAACUGGCUCGAGUACCUCAACGCCUUCCUCGAGACCGACAUCGACGACCAGGAGCCCGUCGUCAGCUACGCCAUGCCCUACUUCAUCGAGAUGGGCCGCAUCCUGCAGGAGACUGAGCGCAGGGUGAUCCACAACUACGUGCUGUGGCGGCUGGUGAUGGACAUCAUGCCGCACAUGAUCGACGACUACCAGCAGAAGCGCGUCGAGUUCCGCAAGAUCCUGCUGGGCAUCCUGAGCGAGCGCAACCGCUGGAGCCAGUGCGUCGAGUGGACCAACAAGAAGCUCGGCAUGGCCGUCGGCGCGCUCUUCAUCCGAGACAACUUCAACCACGAGAGCAAGGAGACGGCGCUGGAGAUGAUCCACACGAUCCGCGAGGCGUUCAACGAGCUGCUGGCCGAGAACCACUGGAUGGACGACGAGACGCGAGCCGUCGCCAAGGAGAAGGCGGACGCCAUGAACGAGCGCAUCGGCUACCCGGAUCUGCUCACAGACCCCGACGAGCUCAGCAAGGAGUACGUCAUGCUGAACGUGACGGAGGACCAGUUCCUGGUGAACAUCCUGAACGUGCUGCGGUACGACGCCUACCACAACCUGCAGAAGCUGCGCCAGCCCGUCAACAAGGACAAGUGGUCCACUGAGCCCGCCGUCGUCAACGCCUUCUACAACCCCAACAAGAACGAUAUAGUGUUCCCGGCGGGCAUCUUGCAGCCAUUGUUCUACAGCCAGCACUUCCCGAAGUCGCUCAACUACGGCGGCAUCGGAGUUGUCAUCGGCCACGAGAUCACGCACGGGUUCGACGACAAGGGCCGGCAGUUCGACAAGGACGGCAACAUGAUGCAGUGGUGGAACAACGCCACGGUGCGCGCCUUCCGCGAGCGCGCGCAGUGCAUCAUCGACCAGUACUCGCGCUACAAGCUGGACGAGGUGGGCCUCUUCGUCAACGGCCGCAUGACGCAGGGCGAGAACAUCGCCGACAACGGCGGCCUCAAGCAGUCCUUCCGGGCUUAUCGCAAGUGGGUGUCGCGGCACGGCGAGGAGCCGCUGCUGCCCGGCAUCAACCUGACCCACGACCAGCUGUUCUUCCUCAACUACGCGCAGAUCUGGUGCGGCUCGAUGCGGCCCGAGGACGCGCUCACCAAGAUCCGCUCGUCGGUACACUCGCCGGGCCCGGUGCGCGUGCUGGGGCCACUCAGCAACUCGUGGGACUUCGCUCGCGCCUACCACUGCCCGCCCGGGUCUCCCAUGAACCCCACCAACAAGUGCUCCGUCUGGUAGGCGCACUUCCUGCUGACCUGCCGCAUCAACUGUGUGCGCAGCUCACGCCGAACAGCUUUCAGUUCACCGGAGCCACACGUGUACCUGAAAUCAGGGUGGACUAAUAGGACACCUCAACACCCCUAACUUCCAGGAGUUCGCGCCCUACGUCUCUCUGCCCUCUCCCGCAAUAGCCCUUCCCACCCACGCUCUAUGAAUCUGCUAUGUGUGAGAGUUUCUGCGGUGACUUAUCCAUCUUCACUAUAAAAGUACCGUCUUUUAUGAAAUCACUGUAUUGUCUGCAGACUGUAGGGGAUAUGAUGUGCAACUAAUUCCGCAAAAAUUUCGGCAACUUCUGAAGUGCCUUGGCACAGGUCUUAAUCUAAACUCGUGCCGUAAUACUACACAUAAUCAUAGUUAAUGACAGUGCACAAGAUCAUCAAAUGUACCAUUGGUGUGACCUUGCGUAAACUUCAAACCAUUUGGAAAUGUCGUUUAUGCAGAUUGUGGAAAGAAGUGGACAUUAUAAACAGAAUGGCGACCUCACUUACGGUGCAGUGUACGCCAUAAUUGAGGCUGGCAGAUUUCUGACAAUGUCACAGUCACCUGUAAUUGGGCACAAUUUACCUGCCAUUUUUUCAAGGCCCAACUACAGCAUUUCUGCCAUAUUGAAUGGGUCAUUAUCCUAUUACCAGGAUUAUAACCAACCUGUGAUGUCAUCAUAAUGUGGCAGUAAUGCACACUAUAGUAUAAGUGAGAUUCAUGUACUCCUAGCAUAUCUCUUACUGACGUCUGCUGAAAAUGUUCUUAUUUCAUGAAUACAAUACAACAAACCUAAGGCGCCAACUGGAGUAAACAUAUGGAAAAAAUACUGUCUUUUAGAUGAGUGUUAUUAACAUUAUUUUACCAUAGAUGAAAGAGAGAGUACAUAAACAAAAGAACGCCUAACCUAAUCUUGAAAUGUAAGAGAAGAUUCCUUUGUGGAGAAAUUUCCUAUUUGGGGAUAAACCGGGGUUUUUGCUAUAAAAAUUACACCAGCAAGUUUCACAAAGGACAGGAAAGCUGCAAAAGGUGUCAUGUUAACAACAUACUUACUCUAAUCCUAUUCCAUCGACAAAAGAUAACCAAUACUUUUUUAAAUCGGCGUGGAUACAGUUCAGUUCCAUUUCUAGGUGUUCUUCCUACACUGUACCUGAAGUAUCCAGCAAUAGCUGCUAAACAGAAAUUUUCGCGAUAAGUGCGUAUUCUCUUAUAGGCCUCAGGAACACAGGCAUGGGCCUGGGCAUAAUUAUUGGCUUCACCGUUUACCUGCUGCAAUGGACGACAGCCAUAGCUACUGGACAACCAGGUAUGAUUCUCUGAGACUAUAUUUUUUCCCAAAUUUAAUUAUUACUAUAGAAUAAUGGAUAGAGGAAUAUAAAAUAUUUCCGGACAUGAAACAAAAGUACCAAGAAUAGAGGAGGUCUCAAAUUUUACAAGUUGUAAGUAGUAGCAUUAAUAAAACUAAUACUGCUAACUAUUUCCACGUAUGUGUUCAGAACGCUCUUCAACACUACUAACAGCUGUCGGCCAGCGUUUGGAUAACAUCGCAAUGCAGUGGCAGUUGUGCAGAUACAAAGAUCAUUGUUCGAUAUGCCAUCAGGAACGAGGUUUCUGGAGAAACACAGAAAACAAAAACGCAAUGGAUAAGGGUUGAGAAGGAAAAUUGUCAUUAAAAAAAUCAUUUCAGCCUGUAGUAGUUUUGAGAAACCAAAGAGAAUCUAAAUUUCAGUGGCCAGGCAAAACUCACUUCCGUUAAACGUGAAUCCUUUCUAACAAGUAAACAGAUUAGCUGUUCUGGCUAUAGCGACAAGUAAACUGUUCGAAGAUUUUUAUUUAAGAGGCAAUUAACGUCUAUACCUACCUCCAAAACCUCUGAUGAUUUCUCCUGUGACGAAAUGUUAGGUAUGUAAUUAUGCUUAAGACUAUGCCCUAAGAGCCAUAAAUCAUACAUCACCAAGGCAAUGUCCAUAAAACUGACAAACAAGAGAAAAUAUUAACAUUAGAGCCACUAAAUUAUGGAACUUGAUAAGAGAAAAAAUUUACAAUGUCUUUUAUGUUAAUAACAGUAUAAAAUUUGGAAGCACUCUAGUUUACUGUUUUCCCUUUAAUAAACAGUUAGCAUUGAGUAAAGUUUGGGAUACCCCCUGACACAUAUUUUCACAAUAAUAUACAUAGGUGUCUUAAGUGAAAAAUGGUAAAAAUUGCAUCACAGUGUUCAGUGAAAAAUACAAAAUUUGACAAAGUUAAAUACAUUUCUUCACCCAUACUUAUCAACAUCAAUCCUGUCUAUAGAAGAGAGUUACAAUAAUAAACGUGUGUUUCGUCAUGGAUACAAGUAAACCGGAAAAUUAUUUGAGACACAUACAUCAUUUAGCAUUUUGCACCCUUAAAACGUGAAUUAUAAAAUGUUUACACAUUCUGACAGUGACAGAGAAGAUUUUAUACAUAGAGAUUUAUUCUGUAUAAUAAAGGAAAAAAAUAAUGAGGACUGAAAACAAUUUGAGAUUGAUGAACUUUUUCAUUGCAUGUCAAAUCUGAAUUUAAUUAGGUCACUAAUACACUGGGUGAUGCACCAACUAUUUCAGAAACGAUUGUGGAGCUCUGCGUAUUCAAUGUGGAUAAAAUGAUAUAUGCAAUCCUAACUUCUACAGAGUUCAAAAAAGAUAAAUGUAAAACACAUCAUUGUUGUAUGAGAAACCAUCUCAAGCAUGUUAUGGGUGACAAUAAUUUCGUUAUCUGUUGUGCUAAAUUUCGAGCAAAAAUGCUUCUCAAAAGUGUACAUCCCACAUUUUUACUGGUAAGCUCAGCCUGAUAACUGUUGGUAUCUUUCUCAUAAAAAAUUUGUUAGCAAGUCAGUUUGACACAAAGAGAAAUUAAGUUGCUCUCAUUCUCACAUUCAUUUUGUGUAAUAUUUUGAAAGCUCCUAAACGAUUAAAAUAUAGAUGGUGGAGAAAGGCGACAGUGAAUUAAGAUAGCCUUCUUUGUAUAACUGAAAUUAUAAUACGAAUUAUAGUGCUAACAUCCAUCUCAUAAAAUAGCCAAAUGGAAACCUGAAAAUGUUCUUUAGUUGUUUUUUAAAUAACAGAAAGGUAUAAGCGGAUCAAGCAGUUUUUUCUACUCAAAAAUUCGUGAAAAUGGGAAUUACCACAUUUUGACACAAGUGACAGACAGAUUAUUCCAAACCUUCUAUCUCUGCAAGCCUUUCUGAUAUUUUUCAGUUUUAGGAUGAUGGAUGUCCUUUAGCAGGCUCUGUCACGUGCUCAUAACAUUCUUAUUAAUCUUGGUCAGCUAAUUGUGUGCAAUUUUCAUGUUUCAUUAGACUACAAGACCAUAAACUCAAAAUGUGUUUGAAUUUAUAUGUAAGCUUGGGCCAGUCCUUAUGUCAGUUACUCAAACUAAUUCCUUCUUUUUAUAUAAAGAAUCUGAUGGAUUUUCUAGUUUGACUGGAAUUUAUUUAUACAGCCUUUUUAACAAAAUAACACAAAAGUGAUCCUUCUCGGUGGGCAAGUUAGCUAUUGUACUGCAUCCAUUCAGUUCAAGUGCUAAAAUUCAUACUUGAGUUGUUAGUAGUAUUAUAGUUCUGGUGUCAGUUUGCAGGAGAAAGCCUUUCAUUUACAAAUUAUCAAGGCAUGUUAUACUCCGGUUCUUAGCAAAUUACGAAAGAAAGCUUUUUCCAACACUGUAACGUCAAUAACUUCAUCAUAUUCUUGAAAGCCUAUUCCUCCUUUAAAUUUUGUUAAAAUGAAGUGAGUUUAUGUGCUGUCUCCAGCUGAACCUGUAGGUUGUCACAUGGGACUAAUUCAUGCUGUACCUAUGGGAAUCUUCAAAGAACACUUUUGAUUUAAGGGCAGUGCUUAUAGUACAAAGUUCUAAUUCCGAAAAUGUGGUGCCUUAUUUUAUGUGUUCAAACAUAGUAAUUCAUUGAUUUGAAUCUUUUUCAUUAAUGUAUCAAAUUAACAGUCAUUUUAUUGAAGUGCUCCAUGUUUUCAGGAAAGUGUAAGUGGGCAACAUAAUAAUGCCCAAAAAUGUUACAGAGGGUAAUUCUGUCCCUCUGACAAAUCAAAUUUUAGGACUAAUUGAAGUAUUCUCAUUUAUUACAAGUAUAUGAUUGAAUACAUACCUAUAGUAAUUUGUUAGAUGCUUUGUUGUGACUAUUACUCAGUAACCAAGUGAUAAAACAUAUGAUUCAUAGCUUGUAGCAGAGCAUAACUCAGUAUUAAUUACACAACUAAUUGUGAAUGUUGAUAAUAAAUAACUCCCCUGAUGUUUGGACAAAAGACAAAAGUGAAAUUACACACCAGAAUUCAGUCACAGUGAAACCAAUAUAAUUGAGAAUAGAUAGAGAUGAUUCAAUAAUACUAAAACAUUUGAAGUAUUUCACAUAAAUAUGCACUUACUUGUCAGUUUGUAGGUACUAAAUCAGGGGUUAUUAGUAUCACUUUCAAAUCACAUUUAAAUGCUUAUGAGAUAGAAAUAUGUUCACAAUGAAUAGGACCCUGUGCUGGAUCUAUUGUUAAACGUUCUGUAUUGUUAAAAUAAGUUCAGUUUCUAUUUUUACACAACCUCUUCCAUAAUUUUGUUUUAUGAUAUAUUUAUUGAUAUUUUAUUUAUUGAAAUACAAUAUGUGCCAUUUUUUACAAGUUUUAUAAAUAAUCAGGCACUAAAACAACUGUUAUAAUCUUUUCUACUCAUUAUUGUUGAUAACACAAGUGAACAGUGAAUGACAUAGUUCAAAUGAUAGUCGAAAAUUUUGCUUAUAGCAUGAAAAGGUUAUUUUUUCUCAUCUCUUUUGUGGGAUGACCUCUAAGGUAGUCCAAACAGACAGUAAUGUGCAUUUAUGUGUACAGACAACUUAAUAUUUGGUCUGCAGACAGAAUUCUUGAGAAACUGUAACAGUUCAAUCCCAUAAGUUAUGCAAAUACUUGGCCUUCACAUAGUCCAUAUUCAGUGUUGCUUUUAGAGUUAUGCUCUGCUUCAAAGGACACUACCAAUCAUAAAUUUUCCAUCUGCAAUAGAUAUAAGAUCUGCUUAAGUUGAUUAUACAUACAGGGAAUAUAGUUUAUUUGUAAAGAGAGUCCUUUAACAUUUCUGUAAAUCUGAUGGACAUUUCAUUAUUACUAUUGGGGAAAAACACAGAGAAAAACAGAUUUUUAAAUACUUGAGAAAGACAAUUCCAUUACACAUUUAUGAGUAAAUAAAAAAGUAAAUAUUGACCUGCAAAUGCAGCAUCCCAUUGUGGAUGUGUAUUGCAAUAAGCAAAACCAACAAAACAAUUGUGAUAUUUAAUGAUUUAGAUUUUUGGAUGAAUAUCUGUAUGUGUCAACACAAAACAUAAAAGGACUGAUGAGUUAAUGUAACUUAGCACUCAAAAAUAUUUUCAGUGAUACAUCAUCAUAAUUAUAUAUAUAUAAGACUUACUCCACAUAUCACUGGAAGACUUUUCUUAGUAUUGCAAUUGUCUAAAGUAAUUUCCAUGCAGAAUUUUAACAUGGCAGCUUGAAAUAUGACAUUCAUACAACAAGUGGCCAACUUCCAUUUAUAACAAGUGACAUUUAUACAAAUAUAUGCAUCAUGUACAAGUAAUUUAUUUAUGUCAUUUAUCAACACUGUUAAUCCUGGAGGCAUUAAAGUAACUAAUUUAUUCAUAUUUGCAUACAAUAUUUUGUUACUGUAUAUCUGAAUCAUAAACAAUCUUUGUCUUCUACCCUUCACUGCAUUCCUCUAAGAUAUUUUCCUGUAUGGUCAUCAGGAUUUUUGCAAAUAUUUAUAAAGCCUAGAAGAAUUUUGCAUGAUCAUUUGUACAGCUUAGCUUCAGCAAUGUUAAAUAAACUGAAUGCUAAAGAAAUCGAUGAUACUUCUUGUAAAUAAUCUUGCAAUUUAUGAUAUUGGCAAGCUGAAUUUUAUGUUAUUAUAUGCCUAAGUAAUGUGGUCUUUAAAUUGUUCACAUACUUCUCAGUUCCUCACUAGGAAUAAUAAUAAAAUAGCUGAUAGAGAGAGAUAUAGGUAAAAAUUUAAGUUUCUAAAUACCAACACUGUCUUUAGGCAUAUAACAAUUGCUAAAAACCUGUUUACAACAUGGAAAUAAUAUUUACAUAUUAAACCUACUUAGAAAAUCUGCCUGACAGAUGUAUAAUAAAAAUAAUGUAUAUUUUCAUAUACAAUUUUCACAAAGAUGAAAUGACUAGGAAAUUUAAUUUACAUUGCUGUAUUUUGAAAAUUAAAACAUGUGUGAAUAACAACUUACGGAGCAUAUUGUGAAUAAAUGGAGACCAUCAUCUUUUGUGCUUGGUACUCCUGGCAGUGGUGUUAAUGUGUUUUCAAACAGUAUGUCACAAUUUAGAAAAAUGCCUUUGCAUUUUUUCUUUGUUUGAACUAACAAUUUAUGCUCUGUUAUUAGUAGACCAACAGUUAAACAUCAUUUACUGAUAUGGAGUAAAUGUUCCCUACAUUUGGAAAGUCUACAAAGAGAUGCAACAGACAGUAAAGUGAUAACACAAAUGUCAGACAAUAUGUGACUAGCCAGCAGUUACAAAUGGCGAUAAGAUAUUUACAUUUCUUGCUAUUAUUAUAGAUUUUGUGAUAUUGCAAGGAAAAAAUUAAUUUCAUUCAUUUUUUAUAAUUAUGCAAACUAGACAAUAGCAAUCCCUUCUUUCAUACAGAGUAACAUAUAACCAUUUUCAGAUGAUUGUAGAUGUAAAUUUGGCAUGUAUUUUCCAAGAAAAUCUCUUCCAGAAUUGUAUCUUCACAACAGAAACCUGAGAUUAAAAAUCAGUACCUACACUGGAA